UCCUCUUCUCCACCGGCUGUUGCUUCAGUCAUACUUUCACAUAAACUACGGCUGUUAAAAUAAAGGGUAAAAUUGAUGCAAUCACAUAUACAUCAUCCCCUUCGCGCUGACUUAAUUUAAAUAGUUUUAUAUUGAAAAGUUAAAGAUGGAUUUUAACGUGAAGAGAUUCGCAGCGGACGCGGGUACUUUAUUCAGCAGGGCGGUGCAAUUCACAGAAGAAAAACUUGGCCAGGCUGAGAAGACAGAGUUGGAUGCACAUUUGGAGAAUCUCCUCACCAGAGCUGAAUGCACCAAACACUGGACAGAGAAGAUUUUGAAGCAAACAGAAGUAUUACUGCAACCAAAUCCAAAUGUCAGAAUAGAAGAAUUAUUUUAUGAAAAACUGGACAAGAAGUUUCCAACACGCAUGAACAACCAUGAACUUCUGGGUCAGUCCAUGAUCGACUCCGGAACUGAAUUUGGGCCUGGAACAGCCUACGGAAAUGCUCUGAUUAAGUGUGGUGAGACAGAGAAUCAAAUUGGAGGAGCAGAGAGAGAGUUAAUUCAAAGCUCAGCCAUUCAUUUUCUCACGCCUUUCCGCAACUUUCUGGAAGGAGACUUCAAGACUAUAUUGAAAGAGCGCAAACUGCUUCAGAACAAACGACUGGACCUGGAUGCUGCAAAGACUAAGUUAAAGAAAGCCAAAAUGUCUGACGCCAGAGCUCUGGCAGAGCAGGAUCUGAAAAUGACACAGAGUGAGUUUGACAGACAGGCAGAGAUCACCAGGCUUCUCCUAGAGGGGGUCAGCAGUACACAUGCCCAUCACCUUCACUGUCUUAAUGACUUUGUGGAGGCUCAGAUGACAUAUUACGCCCAGUGUUACCAGUAUAUGGUAGAUCUCCAAAAGCAGUUGGGAAACUUCCCUUCAGCUUUCUCUUCUAACAACAACCAGUCUUCAGUUAGUGGAGGGGCCAGUGUCUCAUUACCCAUUCUGCCACUAUCAGACCCUCUACCUUCUGCUACAGGUAACACCUCUUCAGAUUUCACUGAGCUGCAGAACUUCAGCGGGAGCCGUAAAGCAAGAGUGCUCUAUGAUUAUGACGCCGCGGGCAGCAACGAACUCUCCUUAUUGGCUGAUGAGGUGAUCAUGGUGAGUAGUGUGCCAGGCAUGGACUCUGAUUGGCUGAUGGGGGAGCGUGGGAAACAAAAGGGAAAAGUGCCCAUUACCUAUCUGGAGCUACUAAAUUAAAAAAAAAAGUAUUGUUGGAACCAAAACACAAAAAAGUGUAAUCCAGCAGUGCUGUGUACAUAUUUAAGAAAUGCCAUAUAUAUAUAUGCAACUAUGACGUCUUGUGCUGCUCAAAUGCUACAGUAUUUUAUGGAACAUCACAUCUUGCAUUCUCAGUAUGGGAAGAGGUCCUAACAGCAGAGCUGUUUACAAAUGAAUAAUUGCAGGACGUUUUUAAUUAACUUGAUGUGUUGUUAUAACUGCCAACUUGCCUUGUUAUAUGCAAAAACUGCAAAAGUGACUUCUUUUGAGUAUUACAAGAGUUUUUACAACAAGAAUGUAUUAAGGCUGAUACAAUAGCAAUAGCAUAGCAAUAGUCAGUAGCACAUGUGUUUGAAUCUUUAAGUAGCUUCCAUAAUGUGCACAAACUAUAUUUCUGGUUCUGGAACAUUUCAAAGGAAUUCUUUUAGCAGACUAUGGUGGAAACUGAAUAUGCCAUAAUUUAUUUUCUGGGUUAUAGUUCCAGUUUAGUUGAUGCAGUAUGUGCCUAUAUUAUCUUCUGCUGUUUACAUUUCUCUUUAUUGCAUUAAAGGUUAGAACACAAAAAUGCUUAUUUGCACGCAGACAGCCUUUCCUGUUACACAUUAUGAAACUGACCUUUUUGUAUUGACAAAGAUAUACAGAGCAGCGAUAUUACACUUUAAAAAGCACACUCAUUUGUAAGUAUUAUUUUCUGCAUAAUCGUGGAGCCAGUUGUUUAAGAUAAGACUACAUUUCAUGAUAUGAAAAAAAAUCUGUUAACUGAAAACAUACCUUUGUGCCUUACACUCAUGUUGAGGUUGAUUCAUUUUUAAAUUGUGUACUGAAAGAAAACAUAGUUAAGAGAUAAGUGCUCAUUUUACACAUGUCAAAGUGCCUCUCUAUAUAAUAUAAGACAUUUUUUGUUUACUCUUGUUUAUAACCACAAAAACAAAAAACAAUAACUGCUUCAUGUCUGUGAUGAGUUACUACCAUAGAUUUAUAUACAAUGGUUUUAUUAUACAAUAAUAAA